UAUUGUUUUAUACCUUUGCCUCUUAAAAGUUCCCGCCAUUUUCAUUACCUUUUUUAACGACUAAUGAAAAUUUUCAACCUUUUACUUUGAAAACAUAAACAAUAUCGGUGUUAUCCUUACAAUCUUACUGAUCAUUAUGAAUGAAUCAAACGAUGUCCAGGCUUUAGAGAAAAUAUCUUCCGAAGUAGAUGAAUCUCAAUUCAAAAUAAUUCUAACUAAUCAGUGUAUCAAGGCUCAAGAGUUUUUAGUUCAUAAACUACGUAGGCAAUCUGAACAAACUAGACAAAUAUGUAAUUUUAUAAGUAGCGGCAAUUUGAAAUUGGAAAGUGAAAUAAGACUUGGGGAGCAAGAAAUAAAAAACUUACGCAGUGCUCUUGAAACCAUAAAAUCCUCAAAUGUUGAGUUAGAAAAAGAGCUAUUGCUCAUUAAGGAAGAUAAAAUUGAUUUGAUAGAAAGAGUCAAUAACGGAAUUAGAAAAUAUGAGGAACUUUGGCUCACGUCCAAACAAAAAUAUGACAAUAUACCAUUUAUUAAGAAGCAACAGCUCACUAUUAAUAGAAGGAAGAGCCUUGAGGAUACUGUUGUUUGCCUUGAUAAUGAAAUACAACAUUUGAGGAGAGUAUUUGAGGAAAGAAAGAAGGAAUUGUCAAAUAUCGACAGACAACACGCCAUAUAUAUUGCUAGAUACAUGGUGGAUGAACGACCAGAUGUCUUACGCUGUCUCACACAGAAGGCAGAAGAAGUUAAUAAUUUAAUGAAUGAAAUAAAAGACCUUCAGAAUGAACAAAACUUCAAUUUUCCAAAAACAAAUUAUUCUAAGGUCGCAGCAGCAGUUGAUGCAAAAACUAAUGAUGAAACUGUCUCAGUUGAAAAGAAGCAUUCAGAUGAUGAUAAUGAAGAUGCAAUGCUGUUACCAAAGCUGCAGCUUCAAAAUAUUGAUUUAGACAUGCUUAUGGAUAAAUUGGAACAGGUCAAGAAAGCUGAUGGUAUGUUAAUUAAAAGAGCUGAUUCUAUUACAAUACAAAUUCAAGAACAACCACAUAAAUAUGGACAAGAAAAUAUGAAUAAUAUAUAUGUGUCUUCAUAUUUUAAAAAUAUCAAUGAUGUUAAGGAGGUAGAGGAAAAAGUUCAAUCUCAGACAUUCAAUUAUACAGACAAAAAGUUGAUUCACAUUCUAGAAGAUAUACAAUUGCAUAAGAAAGAUUCUUAUAACAUAUUUUCAAAGUUAAAUCCAAAUGAAUUACGCAUUGUUGAUGUUAUACCAGCAAGCAUUGACAUAAAUAAUAGUAAUCAAUCACCAGAAAAGAACUCUCAAGAGAAAAAAGUAAAAUUCAGUACAGUUGUGUCCGUUCAAGAGGUUGAGAAUAUGAAUAAAUCGCAGGAAUAUGCUGUUGAAGAAAAUAUUAAAACUGAACUAAACACAAGUGUUGCCAGUGAAAAUAGUUACCAGAUAAUUAAAGAAAAUAUCUUCAAGAAGCACAACAUAGCUUUGUCACCUGAAUUUAUAUAUUCAAAAAAUCCUAAAAUAUCUGAUAAAAAAACAAAGUUUUGUGAUGGAGAUGAUAUGUCGGAUAAGCCAACUCAAAUUAAGGAUGUGUGUGGUCAGAAUAUGAAUACUGAAGUGGAAGUCGGAGCUAGUAUUGAUGUUGUGAGUAAACAGGAACAAACUGUUGCCGGUUUUCUAUUCACACAUGGUCCGAAAGGUAUACCUGACUCACUGGAUGUUUCAAUGGCUUCCACUUGCGUUGAAGAUGUAGACAAUGAAUUUCCUCAUUGUUUUGAUUCCAGCUUACUUUUGUCACCAAAGGCCGAUUUAAAAGUGCCAGAGAACAUUGUUAAUAAUACUGGUACUCUAUCGCAGGAAGUGCCAAACUUCUUAUCAGGAUUUAAAAAAGUGGGGUUGUCUUUUUUUGGACAUUCUUCUGAGAAUAAUUCAGACACAAAUAAUAAGUUACCUAAUGCUAAUAAUUUUAAUUUUUCUUUUGUUAACACUGAAAAGAGGAAUAGGGGCGGAUUUUUCAACAUGUUUAAUUAAAUAUUCUUCUCUUUCUAUAUUUC